CAAGUAUCCAGAGAUCAAGGCUCUGAUGGGACCAGAUCCACAUUUAAAGUGGAUAGUAUCCGGAAUGGUUUUUGUGCAGCUUCUAGCAUGCUACUUGGUGAAAGACUUAUCCUGGAAAUGGGUUUUCUUCUGGGCCUAUGCUUUUGGGGGAUGCAUCAACCAUUCCAUGACCUUAGCCAUCCAUGAUAUUUCACACAACGUCGCCUUUGGGAACAAGCAGACCAAGUGGAACCGAUGGUUUGCGGUCUUUGCCAAUUUGCCUAUUGGAAUUCCUUACUCUGCCUCUUUCAAGAAAUACCACAUUGACCAUCAUCGAUACCUUGGUGGGGACAACCUGGAUGUCGACAUUCCCACUGACUUUGAAGGCUGGUUCUUCUGCACGCCGCUUCGGAAGCUGCUGUGGCUCUUCCUCCAACCUCUGUUCUACAGUCUGAGACCACUGUAUGUGAACCCCAAAAUAAUUACCCAAAUGGAAAUUUUUAAUGCUAUUGUGCAGUUUUCUGUAGACCUUGUGAUCUACUACUUUUGGGGGCUCAAACCUAUUAUUUACUUAAUAGCAGGUACAAUUCUUUGCAUGGGCUUGCAUCCCAUUUCUGGGCACUUCAUAGCAGAACACUACAUGUUUUUAAAAGGGUAUGAAACAUACUCUUAUUAUGGACCUCUGAACUGGCUCACCUUUAAUGUAGGCUAUCACAUGGAGCACCAUGACUUCCCCAGCAUUCCCGGGUGCAAACUGCCAAUGGUGAAGAAGAUUGCAGCAGAAUACUAUGAUAACCUCCCAUACCACCUGUCCUGGAUUCAGGUUCUUUGGGCGUUUGUCUUUGAUGACACUAUAGGUCCUUAUUCAAGGGUUAAAAGACUCUGCAAGCUGGCAAAAGCGCAGUAAUAGAGAAGCUCCAGUGACUGCCCUGGUGUUUUGCUUGUUUGU